AGAGGGCCUCAUUCGUAAUUUUUUCAUCAUCACAGCACAAAUAAAAGUAACGUGCGACGUUAUUUCUGCGAAAAUCGGCGAAGAGCAUUGUUCUGGUCAAUGCUGAUCAAUUGUAUUGCCUUAAUCUCAAAAGUGUUUUAGGCAGCCGGGUAAUUCUGUUAUGUACAAAGCAUAUAUUGUGCCUGUUUCACUUAGGAGUCAUCCUGAGAAGGCUGCAGUAAUUGCCCUGCAGUUGGCUUAUGUUGAAGCCUGAGAUCCCAUCACACGCUCGUCUGUAGGAAGAGCUGAACUGUGCUCUCAAGACUGUAGCUCAGGUCAUUUAGCGGGGAUGCCUUUUGCAAAUAAGUAUUGUGUAUGGCUUUCUUAAUACCUGGGUGUUUUGCACGAGGGAAAGGUUUUAUGUAGGAAAACACCAAAACAGGAUGGGUGGCAGUUCUUCGUGUAAAAACUUAGACCCCUGUGUUCUGUAGGAAAAGUUGACACUCUUGCUGAGAGAGUGGUUCUGUGCAGAUUGGAAGAUAAUGUUAAUAAAUGUUCUUACUGUGUUUUUCUGUAAUCACAGUUCAAACGUUCAUUGUUGCUGUGUUGUAGCAGUUUUAAGGGUGGAAACUUCCUUACCCUGCUUAACUUCCGUGUCUUUUUCCUAGGGCAAAUGGAAAAACAAGGAGAGAGUGCUUAUUUUCUCUUCUCGUGGAAUUAAUUUCAGAACAAGGCACCUAAUGCAAGACUUAAGAACAUUGAUGCCUCACUCUAAAGCAGAUACUAAAAUGGACCGUAAAGACCAGUUGUUUGUGAUUAAUGAGGUGUGUGAAAUGAAAAACUGCAAUAAGUGCAUCUUUUUUGAAGCCAAAAAGAAACAGGAUCUCUACAUGUGGCUUUCAAAUACACCACAGGGACCAUCAGCUAAAUUCUUAGUGCAGAACAUUCACACACUGGCUGAAUUGAAGAUGACAGGAAACUGCCUGAGGGGGUCACGGCCCCUUUUGUCUUUUGAUCCAACAUUUGACAAGGAGCCACACUAUGCCCUGCUAAAAGAAUUGUUUAUUCAGAUAUUUAGUACACCACAGUAUCACCCCAAAAGCCAGCCUUUUGUGGAUCAUGUUUUCACCUUCACCGUUACAGAUGAGAGGAUCUGGUUUCGGAAUUACCAGAUAAUAGAAGAAGAUGCAUCUCUAGUAGAAAUUGGGCCUCGUUUUGUCCUGAACCUCAUAAAAAUCUUCCAAGGCAGCUUUGGAGGACCAACUCUGUAUGAAAAUCCCCAUUACCAGUCCCCAAAUAUGCAUCGACGGCUGGUAAGAUUGUCACUGGCAGCUAAGUUUAGAGAGAAACAGCAAGUGAAGGAAGUACAAAAGAUUAAGAAGAAAGGGAGUAAGGUGCUUAUUGAAGAAGAUCCCACUGAAGUUGUCUUUGAAACUCCAGCUGAAGAAAAGCCAGUGGAAAUACAGCUUGUGAAACCAGAGUCAAAGCCAAUUGUUAAAGAUAAAAAGAAGCUACGCAAAAUUCAGAGGAAGAAGCAAAAAAAGCUUUUCAGAACUGAAGCAUCAGCAUAAAUGUUACAAGUAAUGAAACUAGCUAUAUUGAUACGGUAUUGUAAAUACUUGUUUUUACAGGCAA